CUCUCUCUCUCUCUACCUCGCCAUCGCUCUCCUCCUCCUCCUCCAUCCAUUCCCCUCCUCCUCCUCCUCCUCCCAUGCAUGGGAGGCCGUCGAGGCCAUUAGCUUCCUCCUCGUCGUCGUCGUCGUCCCGCGUCUUCUCCUUCUUCUUGGCGCCGCGGGUUUUCUUGUUCUUGGUGGUGGUGGUGGUCGUCGUCUUCUUGCCGGGUCGGUCGUCUUGCUGGUGGCUGGAGGGCACGGAGGAGUUGGAGGAGGAGAUGGGGUUUGCCGGGGACUGCUCGCCGGUCAGCGGUGGCGGGCUCAGGUGCGUUCCUUCGCUCGAUCUUGGGCUUUCUUGACUUGACCCUCUUUUGUGUUGCCGUGGUUUCGUGUUAGGGGGAAGAUCCAAGAGGAGGAGGAGGAGGAGGAGAAGGAUGACAAGUUUUUCAUGGCGCGGUCAGGGGCUUUGUGCUUGAUUUGAUUGGCGGCUAACUAUCGAUGAAAACGGCAAGUUCAGUUAUGGGUAUGCAAGUGCUCCUGGGAAAAGGGCUUCAAUGGAGGAUUUCUACGAGACGAGAAUCGAUGGUGUUGAUGGAGAGACCAUUGGAUUAUUUGGCGUAUUCGACGGCCAUGGCGGAGCUCGAGCGGCUGAAUAUGUCAAGCAGCACCUUUUCAGCAAUUUAAUUAAGCAUCCAAAGUUCAUCAGUGAUAUCAAGUCCGCUAUCGCUGAAACGUACAACCAUACAGAUUCAGAAUUUCUGAAAGCCGAAAGUAGUCACACUAGGGAUGCUGGCUCAACUGCCUCAACAGCUAUUCUUGUAGGCGAUCGCUUGCUGGUUGCUAAUGUUGGAGAUUCUAGAGCAGUUGUUUGUAGAGGCGGGGAUGCAAUUGCAGUUUCAAGGGAUCACAAACCCGACCAGUCAGAUGAGAGACAAAGAAUUGAGGACGCUGGGGGCUUCGUGAUGUGGGCUGGGACGUGGCGUGUUGGUGGUGUUCUUGCUGUUUCUCGAGCAUUUGGUGAUAAGCUAUUGAAGCAGUAUGUAGUUGCUGAUCCAGAGAUCAAGGAGGAGAUUGUCGAUAGCUCCCUUGAGUUCCUCAUCCUUGCUAGCGAUGGACUUUGGGAUGUUGUAAGUAACAAGGAAGCUGUUGACAUGGUGAGGCCUAUUCAGGAUCCCGAACAGGCAGCGAAGAGGCUUCUCCAGGAGGCGUACCAAAGGGGUAGCGCCGAUAACAUCACCGUUGUUAUUGUCCGCUUUUUGGAGGGAACAACGACUGGUGGUGGACCAAGUAGGGAGGCCGCCAGCGACCAAAACUCAUAGUUUCUCCCAGGCAGCAGCAUGGCUUGUUCCUGUCUGUCAUAUCUGAUGCUCAAGGUAGACGAUUACAGUGGCGGCACCACCCACCAUGCUGCCAAGAACUGACCCGGCCCGAAUUUCGUCCUCGCUUUCAUGCUCCUGGCUGACCUUAGGUGGUGAUGGUGGUGGUAAUGUAGGAGCAGAAUGGCGAUGGGGCCAGUGUUGUUACAUAUGAUAUGAUCGAAGGUGUAUCGUGUCUUAUAUAUAACUUUGCAAUGUAGAUUCUAUGCUUGUGUUCCAUGCUAGGUCUUUUUUUUUCUUUUUUAGCAUCAAAUGCAUGUAAUAGAAGUAAAUUUAAACGAUUUGAACGAAGUUAUACACUGCAGUAUGUAACGAAAUCUUUGCGUUUGUAUUUCUGAUGCCAUGAGCAUUAUGAUUUCUCAUAAGCUCCGAGGGUCAAAACUCCAAAA